AUGGUGAUGCGUUCUGCGUUGAAGAAGGGUUGGCAGAAUGCCAAUACCGGUUCCGAGUCGCAAUCGCACGUGGCGCGUUCUUGCAUGCCUCCAUCAAGGGUGGCAGUUAAAGUAUCCCAAGGAUAUAUCUAUGGAGUGCGCGAUGCCACCACCAAUGGAGAGCACUAUUACUACUUCAAGGGGAUUCCUUAUGCGAAGCCUCCGGUUGGAAACUUGAGGUUCAUGUCUCCGGUACCUAUCGAUAAGUUUCCGGUGACCUAUUUGGAUUGUACAGCGGAGCGUGGUAAUUGCAUGGGAAUGGACGUCAUCAGUAAGGAGAUUACGGGUUCCGAGGAUGGACUGUAUCUCAACGUUUACACUCCCGUAUUGCCACGGUCUGAUGGCGUCUCGCAAAACCUUCCGGUUAUGGUUUACGUUCACGGAGGAGGAUUAAUCGGUGGCCAUGCGGACAGCUCGAUGUAUCACCCAAAUUAUUUGCUGCAGGAAGGCGUUCUCGUAGUUACGGUGAACUACCGUUUGGGAAUUCUAGGAUUUCUGUGUCUACCGGAAGCUGGAAUUGAAGGCAAUGCAGGUCUCAAAGAUCAGAGAAUGGCACUACAAUGGGUCAGUCAGAAUAUUUCCAAAUUUGGAGGAGAUCCGAACAAUGUAACUCUCUUCGGGGCCAGCUCUGGUGCAAUUGCAGUUAACCUGCAUUGUCUUUCGAAAGAGUCUAAGAAGUACUUUCACAAAGCGAUCAUGCAGAGUGGAUCGAUCUACCUCGAGUGGGGCCACCAGGAGAAACCCGAGCAAAAAGCUCGUAAAAUGGCUGAACUGCUGGGAGCUAAUCCCACCACCGAUGAAGAAGUGUAUCAGGUGUUGAAAAACGCUCCAGCAAGGAAACUUUUUGAACUCCAGUUUAAGGCUGUGACGGAAAGAGAAGAACUGGUCGAAAAGCUGUUCCAGAUUCCAUUCUUACCAGUUGUAGAGCGUGAACAAUCAUCCGAUGCCAUCAUAACCAAACAUCCUACAGAGAUCAUGCGUGACCCAGACGGCGUCGGCAUUCCUAUCAUCCAGGGUUACAACGAAUAUGACGGAAUGAUGGUGCUACUAGAUGCCGUCAAAAAUCCCAACAUGUACAAUUUACAGCCGGAGCGCUUCAUUCCGCGUACUCUUAAUGUAGACUGCUAUGCUCCGGAAGCUCGCAAAUUGGCCAUGGAGAUCAAAAAAGCUUACUUCGGAGAUCAGGACGUAUCUCGUGAAACUGUGAUGCAAUUGGUAGAACUGUUUACGGAUAAGUACAUUCUAUCCUAUCGAAUCUCUUUCGAGUUGUGGGCGAAGUAUCAAACUAAAGCCAAAAUGUUUGGAUACCGGUUCUCGUUCGAUGGAUUGCUCAACAAGGGCAAAGCCAUAAUGUCGUUCGGAAGCUUGAAAGGUACUUGUCACAUCGAUGAAGUGUAUUACAUAUUUAGCUCGCCUAUUUUGCGAACUGAAGUGCCCAAAACUAGCAAAGCUUAUGAAAUGCGCAACAAGAUGGUGCAUAUGUGGGGUAACUUUGCCAAGUGCAGUGACCCUACCCCGGAUGGAGAUAUGGAGCUGUCUUUCAAGUGGAAUCCGGUUCCACAGAUUCCGGUGGAUCUCGAAGAUGUUAGGUGUACACUUCUGAGCAUCUCGGCGCCAGACGAAAUUGGAAUGGCGGAAAUGCCGGAGCGCGAACGAAUGGAGUAUUGGACGGAGUUGUAUAGAAAGUACAAUGGACACGUGACUAACAUUCUGGUUCCAACGGUGCCGCUUUUGGAUUCCGUUGAUUUAAACAACAAUAGUGUUUGAAAUGGACAUGAAACAUUAGCAAU